GACUGUAGUUGUACUUUAUUUAUGUAUAAGAUGCGUCAUGUACCUGCAUGUACCCCAACGUGGUAACUCAUCAUUCAGUGUCAAUUGGAAUGAUGCUCGACUAAUGCAUUAAAAUCAGAUAAUUUGGACCGCAAAAUUAAUUAAAAUUUUAGUUUAACUAUAUUUUCACUGAUAUCAAACCUGUGUAGUAGUUGUCACUGUACGUACCAAAACAUGUAUAUACUAAAAAUGUAAUACGUGAUGCGACGCGUGCCGCAAUACACAUGAACAUUUUACUAAGAAAUUAUUAUUAUUAAACAUUUGGAUCUAAAGAAAACAUUACAAUUACAAUGGAACCAGACGAGGUUAUAAUAGAAAAAGUAAUAGGAAAUGUUAUUUUAAAUGAUGAAGCUGAUAAAGAAAUAGUCAAAGAAAAUAUCGAUGUGCCAAGUGUUAUUAAAAAUGCAUCAACUGCAUCUGAGAAAUGUAUAAAAACUAAUGUUUUCGAAUCAAUCUGUACUACAAACGAUAAUGAAAUAAUUUUAAUUGACAAAAAUACAAAUAUGCAGCAACAAGAAUCGUUUACAAGUAUAAAUAACAAUAAAGCAUCAAUCAGCAACGAUAGUAACAAACAGGCCAUGACUAAAGAUUCCAUUGAAAACUUGGAACAAAAGGAUGACGAUAUUCGUAUUGUGCAUGAGAACACUGUGGCAUUGUCAGCUGAGUCAAGCAACAAACUAUGUUCUCUCUCUAAUAUUGCUUUAGAGUACGGAGAUUCUGAUUCAGAGACAGAAAGUAAUCCUGACAUUGAUAAACACGAGGAUGGUGAAAUUGAUAUGUUAAAAGAGAUACAGAUGCAAUCUUAUAGAUUGAUUAGCAGUUCAUCAAGUGAAGAGAGCGACAGCGAAGACGAUUCGACUAGUACUGACAGUGAUUCUUCAUUAAAUGAUAAAUCAAGUGAAUCGGAUAGCAAUGAUAAUACAAAUAAAAAAAGUAAAGAAAAUAACACAAAGGGACGAAAACAUCAUGAAAUGAAAAGCGAAUUGGAUGAGUUGCCACCUAUCGAAGAUUUAAAAAUUAGCGUACCGGAAGUACUAUGCGAUCCGUUAGGCGAGAUUGCAUGGAUGGUUGAACAAUUAGUAGUUGUGCGACCAAAGUCUGGUAAACCAACAUUGAAUUUAGAUACAGUUUUAUUUGUCGAAAAAGGCCAAAGAGCAUUAGGUAAAAUAUUCGAUGUAUUCGGCCAAGUAAGCGAACCACAUUAUUGCGUAAGAUUC